CCCCUCUGGACAUCGGGACAGAAUCGACCUGGGAAAUAGAAGUCGUGGCUCACAUCCGCCCGGCCGCAGACACGGGGGUGCUGUUUGCGCUCUGGGUCCCCGACCUCCGUGCCGUGCCUCUCUCUGUGGCCCUGGUAGACUAUCACUCCACAAAGAAGCUCAAGAAGCAGCUGGUGGUCCUGGCCGUGGAGCACGUGGCCUUGGCCCUAAUGGAGAUCAAGGUCUGCGAUGGUCAAGAGCACAUGGUCACUGUCUCGCUGAGGGAGGGUGAGGCCACCCUGGAGGUGGACGGCACCAGGGGCCAGAGCGAGGUGAGCGCCGCGCAGCUGCAGGAGAGGCUGGCCGUGCUCGAGAAGCACCUGCGGAGCCCCGUGCUUACCUUUGCCGGCGGCCUGCCAGAUGUGCCAGCGACUUCAGCGCCAGUCACCGCCUUCUACCGCGGCUGCAUGACACUGGAGGUCAACCGGAGGCUGCUGGACCUGGACGAGGCGGCGUACAAGCACAGUGACAUCACCGCCCACUCCUGCCCGCCCGUGGAGCCCGCCGCAGCCUAGGCCCCCAUGGGACGCAGCAGGCUCCUCAGCCUCUGUCCGAAACAGCAGGGAGGAGCACGGGGGCUCCUCACCACGUGGGGCCACCUGAGAGCUGGGCUUUCCUUUGUGACCGUCUUGGCCUGUAACAUAUCUGUAAAUAGUGAGAUGGACGUGGGGCCUCUGACGCCGCGCACUCAGCCGCAGGCCCGGGCACGGGGAGGCCGGCGCAGGGCAGAGCGGGUUCGAAGAAAAUAAUUCUCUAUUAUUUUUAUUACCAAGCGCUUCUUUCUGACUCUAAAAUAUGGAAAAUAAAAUAUUUACAGAAAGCUUUGUAA